AUGUUGGAGAGCUACCUUUGUAUCCGAGUUGCUGUGGCAGUUGAUGACAACAAGCCGGCUGUUGGUCGAGUGGUGGAUGUUAACCUCGUGAAAGAAGAUGGCAAAACCGUCAACACUGCGAACUAUAUUGUCGAGUUUGAUGGCGAGGUUUACUUCGAAGGCAACCGGACGGAUCGCGUAGAACUGAACCAAGAACAGGUGUUGUAUGCGAUGGACUUCAUGAAAGAAAUUGAAUCUUUUGAAGAUGAUGUUGACGAGGACGGCGAAGACGGUGCUUGUGUGCCGAUCAAGAAUGAUCUAACAAAAAUGGGAAGAGUUUUCAGUGAAAUUCGGUCCAAAAUGGGAAAUGGUAUUGGUGUGGACCGAAUUUCCUCAGAAUUCUUCAUUCCAACAUACAGUUGUCGUCCAUGGGUAUGUAUGAUGAGAUUGGGGGGCUUGGAAUGGGUGAUUUCUACGUGCAAGCGAUUCAAUGGCAAUCACCCUGCUACAGUGGUCAAUCCAGGUUUAUGA